AUGCAUACAAAUAACGAAGCUGUUGCUGUUUCUCCUAAAAAAUAUUAUGAUGAUGACGACUUCUACUACGACGACUAUAAUGAUGAAGCUUCUAAUCUUGAUGCUUUACGUAGAACAAAACUCUCUGAAAUUGAUAACGCAGAUUUUCAAUGGUUUCAUAUAAGAGCUUGCAUAGUAUCUGGUGUUGGCUUCUUUACUGACGCCUAUGAUUUAUUCGUUAUAAAUUUGGUUUCUACCAUGAUAAGCCUUAUCUACUUUGACAAUAACAUUCCUGCAAUGGUCGAUAUGGGGUUAAAAAUGUCUGCUGCAAUAGGGACUCUAUUAGGUCAAUUGGUUUUUGGUUGGUGUGCUGAUCGUUAUGGACGCAAAAAGAUGUAUGGUUUGGAACUUUCUUUAAUGAUUGCUGCCACCAUUGGUUCUGCGCUCUGUGCAAAUUCUUUUGCUAUCACUCUUUGGGGUUCACUUAUGUUCUGGAGAUUCGUGUUAGGUAUUGGAAUUGGUGGAGAUUAUCCUUUAUCUGCUGUUAUCACAAGUGAGUUUGCUACUAAAAAGAGACGUGGAGCAAUGAUGGCUGCUGUUUUCUCCAUGCAAGGUUUCGGUAUUCUAUCCGCGGCUGUGAUUUCGGUGGUCACUCUGGCUGCUUACAAAGACCUUAUUGCCAAAGAUAAACAAUACGUUGAUCAUGUGUGGCGAAUAGUAUUAGGUUUUGGUGCCAUCCCAGGUGUCAUUGCUUUAUACUUUCGUCUUACGAUUCCCGAAACUCCACGUUACACUAUGGAUAUUUUAAAAGAUGUCGAAAAAGCUUCUCGUGACAUUGAUGUUGUAUUAUCGAACAAGGCUAACAAGGAAAAAGAAACGCCUAUUUUUUCAAUAGAGGUUCCUCGCGCCACUGUUAAGGACUUUAUCAAUUACUUUAGUAAAUGGCAUAAUGGUAAAGUUCUAUUAGGUACCUCUGUCUCGUGGUUCGUGUUAGAUGUUGCCUUCUAUGGCAUAGGUUUAAAUAAUGCAACUAUCUUGGAUGCUAUUGGAUUUGCUGAUAGUCCUGAUCCUUAUACCUCUUUAUGGAAUAUGUCUGUUGGAAACAUUAUCAUUACUAUGUUAGGAACUGUUCCUGGAUAUUGGUUUACCGUCUUUCUAGUAGAUAAAAUGGGUCGUAUAAAAAUUCAAUUAAUGGGUUUUAUAGUUCUCACUGUAUUAUUUUUAAUUUUGGGUGCUGCUUAUAAUCAAAUUUCUACACCGAUAUUCAUCACAAUAUUCACCUUAUGUCAGCUGUUUCUAAAUUUUGGCCCUAAUACAACGACUUUCAUUAUACCUGGUGAGGUUUUCCCCACUAGAUAUCGUUCAACGGGGCAUGGUAUAUCUGCUGCAUCCGGAAAAUUAGGUGCAAUCAUUGCACAAAUUGGUUUCAUCAAUCUCAAAGACACCGGAGGUAGAAACAAGUUUGUGAAUCGAUUGAUUUUAGUUUUUGCUGUUUUCAUGUUUAUUGGAAUUGGAUCGACAUUGUUGAUACCUGAAACAAUGAAUCUAUCAUUGGAAGAGCUUUCAAAUGAGGAUCAAAUAGGUUUUAUUAAAAAAGCAAAAGUAAAUGAUGAAAAUUCUACCUCUAAAAGUGCCAAUAAUUUGAGUUCCGUAACAUCUAGUUCAGUGUAA